AUGUGUAGAUGAAAACAUUACGUAUUAGUACCGUCAGUGCAAUUCGUAUCGUCGAUUUAUUUUUCUUAUUUUAUUUUUUUUUUUUAUUAAAACGUUAUUUGAAAAAUAGAAUCGCUUAAGUAAAAAAAUUAAAAUAUCUAAAUUGUUGUGAUAAAAGGACAAAUCUAGUAAUUCGGUUCAGAAAGUUUUUGUAGGAAUUUAUUACCAAACAAGAUAAUAAUAAACUUAAUGGCUCCGGGUGCAUUGCAACAGAACCCAAUGAUUUCCUCAAUGAAUAAAUCGCAGUUAAGUUCGGUGUUCAAUAAAAACGAUGUUCGGGCGAGUCUGACUUCCGAUGAUGCUGUCAUUACUCAUCAAAUCGAUUUUUCUCCCGAUAACGGCGAAUCAUCACCUCACAUAAUAAUAAAUCACCCGGAAACUAGAAGUGGCAACUCAAAGAAAAAAGUUAAUGAUCUAGACAUGAUGCAAGGUAUUAUGCAGCCAAAAUAUGUAGAAAACAUGUUACAAUGGUAUUUGCUGUACGUAGAAAACGCUGCUAAAAGUCUCUUUAUCGGAAAGUAUACUAACGUCCAGGAAUCGACUGUGCUUACACAAUUGUUCUACUUGAUUAGAAAUUCAUGGACAUUGCCGACUCAUGAGGUCGGGUAUGCGUUAUGUAACAGGUUCCGAGAUUGUGGUGGAACGGAUUUUCUAUUAAAAAACUGCGUAUCCGAAGAUCCGAUACUCCAAUUUUUUAGUACUAGACUUUUGGUUGAAUGCCUGAACUCAGAAAAUCGUGACUACAUGAUUAAAAAUGGUCUAAUUCAAAUCAAGUACGUGAUACUCAAGUUUAAGUGUCAAGAAAAGAAGACAGCUGAUCAAUCGAAAGUCAUUACUGGUUUACUCGCAAAAUUAUUUGAACACAGUGAAGAGAUGUGUAUGGUUAUAAUCGAAUGGGGAGGUCUAGAGAUACUUCUGAAAGAAUGCCAGAGUCAAGAUACCACGACUUUACAAAAUUGUGCCUGUGCAUUGGCAAACUUAUCACUGUAUGGUGAUUCCAUGAUUCACAAGCUUAUGAUCCAUCAUCACGCACAUACCUGGCUGUUCACGUUGGCGUUCAAUGCAGACGAUAGCGUUAAGUAUUAUGCUUUACUGGCUGCGGCUGUUUUAAUAACUGAUAAGGAUAUUAAGACGGCCAUGAACAAUUGUGAUACCCUGGAUUUGAUCGAUCCUUUUAUCGCUACACAUUUUCCGACGGAUUUUGUUAGAAUCGAUAUGAUGCUUGGCCAAUUUCAAGAUCAAGGCCAAGAUUGGCUGCAACGGCUUGUUCCAGUUUUGAGCUGCGACCGUCGUGAAGCAUGCACUUUAGCUGCUUUCCAUUUUUGCGCGAUAGCUUAUCUCCAAAGUCAGUGUCCCUACAGUAAGGUCGCUGAAACUUUCAGAAUGAUCGGCGCUGUUGCACCACUGAAGAAAUUGGUUGUUUCUCUCAAUAAUGUAACAUCUGCGUUAGCGGCACAAGCGUUGCAGUGGAUUGGUGAACAAGUGCCACGAUCACUCAGCCAAGAAGUGCCACAGUGGACAGUUACAGAUGUUCUCCAGUGGAUCAAGAGUGUUGGAUUUGGUGAAUGUGCAGAAAUAUUACCAGACAAUCAGAUGAAUGGCGAUUGGUUAUUAAAGUUGACCGAGGAAUGCCUAAAAAAACGCUUCAAGAUGCAAAACGGAAUUACGCGAAAAAGAUUUAUGAGAGAAUUACACAAGUUAAAACAAUUAGCCGAUUAUAGCUGUAAAGAUCCUACCAAUUUAAACUCGUUUUUACAAUCGAUAAAGCCAGAGUUUUCUGUUUAUACGUAUUCAAUGUUGAAUGCUGGAGUUGACAAAUAUUCUAUCAGGUCUUUAACAGAUGAUCAACUCGCAUGUGAAUGCAGAAUCUCAAACAGCUUUCACCGUAGCAUUAUACUAAACUUUAUAAAGGGUAAACGUUGACAUAUUAACUUUAAAAUCAAUAACUUUGAAGUUGAUUCAAGAGAAGUGAAAAUAAUAAACAAUAUUUUGUCGCGUGCAAAAAGUAAAAAUGCGCGCUGAAAGAUAUAUGUAUAUUUUCUUGACUUCAGGAUCUUGAUGGAUUUCAAGUAUUAUAUCAAAUAUAGUAUGUUAAAUUUAUCAUGAUAAGUUACAAUUAUUUAUGUUAAUCUAA